AUGAGCUGCUUCAUGGAUCAAUUGCAUUCUGUUGGAGGUAAGAGUAAGAUUCUCAAUGCUUUGUUGUGGUGUAUCUUUGGAUUUGGUGUUGUGAAAGCCACAACGCUUCUAUUGAGGGCCACUGCACUGAUUCUAGAUCUGUUUGUGUUACCAUCAGUCAACUACUCGAAGUACGGAGCUGGAAAGGGAAAAUACUGUGUUGUCACUGGUGCUAGUGAUGGUAUUGGCAAGGAGUUUGCAACUCAAAUGGCCCGCCGGAAGUUCAACUUAAUCUUAAUCUCCAGAACUCUGUCCAAGUUGGAAGCUCUACAGAAGGAGCUGCAAGGCAAAUAUGGCAUUGAUGUCAAGAUUUUAUCUAUUGAUGUUUCCCACGAUGUCCCCGAGAACUACGUUGCCGUAAAGGAACUUUGUCAAGGGCUACCGAUCACAGUGUUGAUUAACAACGUUGGGCUAUCCCAUAACUGUCCCGUUCCGUUCCUGGAAACAGAGGAGCAGGAAUUGCGGAACAUCAUUACGAUCAACAACACCGCAACAUUGCUCUUCACUCAAAUCAUCACCCCAACGAUCAUCGAAACAGCCGCUUCAUCUAAGUGUCGUGGUCUCGUCCUGACUAUGGGUUCAUUUGGAGGCCUUCUUCCCACUCCGCUUCUAGCCACUUACAGUGGCUCCAAGGCGUUCCUUCAGAGCUGGUCUAAUGCCCUGGCCGGCGAGCUCAAGGAAGCCAAUGUCGAUGUCGAGUUGAUCCUAUCUUAUCUAGUCACCAGUGCUAUGUCCAAAGUGAGGAGGACCUCAGUCAUGAUACCAAAUCCAAGAAACUUCGUCUCGUCCGCGCUAUCCAGCGUCGGAAGACGCUGUGGCGCCCAGGAAAGGUACGCCACCGUGACUCCUUACUGGUCCCACGCCCUGCAACACUGGUUCAUCGAGGAAACCGUAGGAGUCUACUCCAGGAUAGCGAACGCUAUGAACCUCAAGAUGCACAAAUCCAUCAGGGCAAGAUAUCUGAGAAAGAAGUUGAGAGAGGAGAAGAAGCAGUAA